UCACUCGCGCAGUCCCCGCGCAGGGCCGGGCACAGGCGCAGGGCAGCUCCCGCCAGCUCCGCGAGCGGCCCCGCUCCAGCCCCGCUCCGCACCCGCGAUGGCUUCUCCUGCCAAGGCGAAGGAGGUUUUCUCCUCCGACGAGGAGGGUCCGGCGGCCAGCGCCGAGGAGCACCACAAAGUCAAGGUGUCCAGCUUGCCGUUCAGCGUGGAAGCCCUCAUGUCCGACAAGAAACCCCCCAAAGAGCUGCCGCCGGCCGCGGCGGGGGGCAGCGCCGACGGGGCGGCCGUGGGCACCUCCCGGAACCUGCUGCUGCCGGGACACGGCUCCCGCGACGCGCACAGCCCCCCCGGGGGGCUUACAAAACCUUUCGACACUUCCUCGGUCAAAUCGGAGAACUCGGAGGACGGCACGGCCUGGAUUCAAGAGGGCGGCAGAUACUCGCCUCCGCCAAGACACCUGAGCCCCACUGCCUGCACCCUGAGGAAGCACAAGACGAACAGGAAGCCCCGAACCCCCUUCACCACCUCGCAGCUGCUGGCCCUGGAGCGCAAGUUCCGCCAGAAGCAGUACCUGUCCAUCGCCGAGAGAGCCGAGUUCUCCAGCUCCCUCAACCUCACAGAGACCCAGGUCAAAAUCUGGUUCCAGAAUCGGAGGGCCAAGGCCAAGAGACUGCAGGAGGCCGAGCUGGAGAAGCUCAAAAUGGCAGCGAAGCCCAUGUUGCCUUCGGGGUUCAGUCUCCCUUUCCCCAUCAACUCUCCCAUCCAGGCCGCCUCACUGUAUGGAACAUCCUAUCCUUUUCACAGACCUGUGCUUCCCAUUCCGCCCGUUGGACUCUAUGCUACUCCUGUCGGAUAUAGCAUGUACCACUUAUCCUAAGAAGAUCAGAAAGACAAAGCGACAGUGAGAAAGACUUCCUGGUGGAUCUUGUCCAGCCCCGAGAAGGCAGUACCCCAACCAGGACUGGCAAUUCUUUCUGCACGCUUUUAUCUGCCAUCCCAAGUGUACAGGAGUUUGCAUUAGCAAAGCAAGGCAUCCUGUACGCUACAGGUUGGGUGUGUUCUGACAGUGCUCUGAGCACUCAGUGUCUGAUCCUCAAAGAAA